AUGACAGCUACAGCUGUGACACCAACUCAACCUCCUGUUGUCUCACAACCGCUCGAAUUUCUACAUCCAAAAUCUGAAGGCGGACUUGCAAAUGUGGAUAUUGCCACACCUUCGUUGUUAUCACAAGCGGGGAUGAAAUGUCGAGUAUGUGGGGACUCUCGAGCAGGUCGCCACUAUGGAACGAUUGCAUGUAAUGGGUGUAAAGGAUUCUUUCGAAGAAGUAUCUGGGAGCAGCGAGAUUAUACUUGCCGCUUUGGGAGCAAAUGUCAAAUCGUACAAGAGUACCGCAAUAGAUGUCGUGCUUGUAGACUACGAAAAUGUUUUGAAGUUGGAAUGGAUUCAAGAGCUGUGCAAUCUGAGCGAGAUAAACAUAAGAAGAGACCACCAACUCAUGGGUCUCCCGGUGCUGAUGAAAGUGCAGGACCCUCAACAGUGGCAAAUUUCACUGUGAGUUUUUUCAUAUGGUUUUUACGCUUCAUGGUGUAA